AUGAUAGGCUCGGAUCGAGCCCCUAGCAUAGUACCUCUGUGUCGUAAUGUAUGUAUAAAUCGCAUCUAUUUACAUUUUUACUUAUAUAUAUUCUGUCCAACAAUGGAUGGAAUCUCGUCCAAACUGCCGAUCCUGGCUUACGGCGCCCAGCAGCGCGAAACCUGGGAUAUACCCUUCAAAUUGAUAGAUAUUGAGAUAAAAGACAAACGCAGUACAAGCAAGUGUCACUACGAAUGUAACCCAUCGCAAAGGAGUGAGACUUUCACUACUUAUACACCCUAUCUGAUCGACAAGGUCACCAAAAGGGGAAGAGUUAUAUGGAAUUCCGCCGAUUUCAAGUAUUACGGAUCCCGCGUGUUGUUAGGACGCACAGAUAGUAACGAAUUGGUGUUCAGAGUUUUAUAUCCCGGCUUCCAAGACGAGGAGGAGUCCAAGCCUGAAUUUCAGCCAGAGCUGGAAUACGUUAUGCAAGGAACUGAUGCUGGUCAGUUUCUUCAACAGCAGGUCCAUGUUAUGCCUCCUCAACAGCAGGUCCAUGUUAUGCCUCCUCAACAGCAGGUUCCUUUUAUGCCUCCUCAACACCAGGUUCCUGUUGCGCCACAUCAUAAACAGGUUCCUGUUGUUCCACAUCAUGAACAGGUUCCCGGCAUACAGCAUCAGCAGGAACUUCAUAUACAACCUGAGUUGCCUAAACCUGCAAAAGCGCCCAAACCUGUCAAGGUAGUUCAACAUCCAGUUGCUACUACACAUGAGGACAUGUACCUCCCUGAGACAGAGGCUGAAGAUACAGUUGCGGCUCAGCCGCUCAAAGUCACGCAGCCGCAGAAGCAAAUUCCAAUUGAUACAUCAGACUUUGAGGUGGUUGACGGAAUGAAGGGCUCCAGGGCAAAGCCACGCCCCGCUGCUGCACACCCAGUUGCAGUGCAACCAGGCCCAGCUCAUCCAGUUUAUCCAGAGGUACAGGAGCUGGCCCAGGUCCAACAGAGAGUUCGCAGAGCCGGAGGACGCGGCCCCGACGUCAUUCCGCUCGACCAGUCAGGAACUGAGCAGGAGAUUCCCGAGCCUCAGCAACGUAAACGUAAGGGUCCGCAGCCAGUAGAAGCAUUCGGUCAAGAUUUUGACGCUGCCGAUUACUCUCAAGACGCCAGAGGAGCAAGGACUUCACACACAGCCUACUUGCCUCCCACAGAGUCUGAGGAAGCGACCAGGGCCAAGGGCACAGAUCAGUCUCAACUUGCAGCUGAAACGCAAGAAUUUGAUACAGUCUUGGUUAAACUCGAGAUCACUAACUGCAGGAACAGCAAGCAGGUUUCAUAUGAGCAUGAUUCCGAGACUGGAGCUCACGUGUUCACUCCAAACCCAGGUCACGCUAUAUACAUGGCCACACACAAUGGUAAGACCGUAUGGAGGGCUAAAGACGAAAGGUAUCCAACACAUCUCAUUAUAACAAUAGAUGAGAACAAUAAGACAAAGCUGCGUGCCAUGUACGACGAUGAGGCUGAUCCAAACAAGUUCGUAUUGGACGUCAGGGACUACUGGGACCAAGCUAAGUUUGACGAAACUAAAUAUGACGCUAUGGCAGACAACGGUAACAUUAUAUACUUCUUCAAAGAAGGUGUCAAAUGUACUCAGGUUACCUGUGACAAGAUUGUAGUGUGGAAAAUGGGAGAACACGAUAUCAGUGAGACAAAGUCGGUUAGCUUCGAUAGAGUUAACCACCAUGUCGUGGUCAGCGACAACGACAAGGGAUUGGAGUAUCACUACGACGGACAACAGUGGACAUUGAGUAAGAUUUUGCAGUAUGAGUCUGACACUGAAACUGAGAUGGAACAGCAGCCUAAACCCACAGCCAAGGCAGCUGCGCAGCAGCAGCAGCAGCAGCAGAUGAUGGGCGUCCCAGCGGCAGCUCAACCUCCCACAAAAGGAGCCGUGCAGCAGCCAGGUGCCUGGCCUGAACAGCAGUUUGACCAGGUGCAUGGUUUCGAGGUAUAUGAAUCGUCUGGAGAAGUUGAACAAGCACAGCCUCAGCAAUAUCACCAGGCUCCCCUUGGGAAGCCGGGUCGAGCUGUUGUCAAAGACAGACACGCCCAGUACCCAGUCGGCCCUGACGGCAUGCCAAUCAGCGUGGUUCACGGAGUGCCGCAGCAACCAGCCUUCACAGCAGACGGGCAAGUUCAUACAGACGUGGAAUUAAUUACCAAACAACCUGGGGUGCCCGUGGCGUCUGCACAUGCUGGGGCGGUUGCGGCACCUAUGCCAAGAGCCAGAGCCUCCGUACGAGUUCAACCGCCAGCAGUUCAUCCGCAACACGUACUCGGAGAACAACAAGUCCUGGGCAGGCCCCAGGCUCCAAGAGUGCAACCAGUUGAGCAAGAGUUUGCCCACUAUCCGACUCCUGAUAUGCGGUUCCUCCAUACCGAGGCUGCUGCAGUACCUAAGCAUCCAGUCAUGCCUAGGGGCAGGGGUGCCUUAGGCAGACAGACUGCAGCUCUGCAGCCUAAACUGCAAGAGAUUCCAGACCCUCACCCGCAACCAAUUGAUCUCUCGACAAUGUACUUUGACGAGAAUGGCAUUCCCGUUGUCGUAUCACAGGAUUCUGAUCAAUUCCAACAUCACGCCACACCAGCCAAUGUUCCUGUUGCCAGGGUCCCAGUGGCCAAGCCCCCUAAAACCAGUCAGUUCCAGGUUCUUGACACCGAAAGUGACAGUUACAAUUUACAGCAAGCACACAGCAGGUUGAUUCAGACCAAAAAGGGAGUGAAAGCCGUUCAACUAGAUCAACAGGCCCAACAGCAAGUAGGACAAAGUCAGUACAUGGAGCAGAUGCAAGCAUUUAAACAACAGUUACGAGCUCAGCAACAAUUAGAACAACAACAGAAAAGGCAGAGGCAAAAACAGCCAGCUGAGCUUGCACAUCAACAGCCACCUGAAGUAGCACAACAUCCGCCAGAAGUAGCAUAUCAACAGCCAACGGAAGUAGCAUAUCAACAGCCGCCCGGAGCUGAUCAUGCCGAUAUUAAAGCACAGAAGUUAGCUGCAAAGGCACUGAAACAGCAGCAAAUGAUCGCUAAACAGCAAUAUGUGCAACAGUUGCAACAAAGGGAAGCAGCUCAUAAACACUAUGCUCAGCAAUACACACAACAAUACGCUCAAUACUCUCAACAAUAUGCUCAAAAAGCUAAUGCAGGCAAAUCAAGAAAGCAGGCUCAGGCAGAAGUUGCCGGCAUGAACGCUGCACAGGAACAUAGGAUAGCGCAGCUUGCUGCUGCCGGGGCUGUUCAACAAGAUGUUCAUAUGGCAUACGCUCAACCCGCCCCUCAACAGGCUAUGUAUCACCAGCAGUUUCAACAGCAACAACAGCAGAGGCUGUCCCGAAGGAUUGCGGUGCCAGAACAACAGGCCCAGGUAAAGGCGCAGAGAGUCGAGUCGCAACCUCCUUAUCCAGAAGAAGACCCUGCCAACGUAUUCGAAGGCUACGAGCCACCACAAGAGGACAUGUUUAGCGGCACUUUUGACGAUUUAGUCGUUGUUGAUACUGACGGUGACUCUUCCAACAAUGAGCAACUGCCUCAGCAGCCUAGAACAUCUCAUGGUCAUGUAAGAGCGCAGCCGAUUGAAGCAUAUCCUGUUGACCAAGACUUUAUUUAUCGCAACCCCUUUGUGCUUUCAAUUGUACUUGAGCCUUACCUUUGUUUUAUUGUUUUUGUUUAA